AUGAUAUCACGCGCCCAGCGUUAUAGCCAUUUAGCGCUUCGAGUUCUCAUAGGCAUACGCUUCGCCAGGAGGCGUGGGCGAAUCAUCCUUGUUCUUCGGGCACUUUGGUUGCUAUAUCAGUCCGAAGAGUCUCGAGUCGAAAACCCACCCUUUAGACUGUCCAGAGGGGUUAUCAGUCAAUCCGACGACUCGCACACGGUGACGGAUACAACAACGGAUAAAAAUAGCCGUCCUCUCCAUCCUCCCAACCCGCCUAGCGAUAAGCACUUGGGGCUCUCACAGAGGAAGAUGUCCGUCAUGAAAUGGUGGCUGUCGACUUUCCUUGCCCUUAUAGCGUGUCUCCAGCUAGCCAGAGGCCUUUCCGAUACCGAGAAUGCCAGAACGACGAGCAAGUUUCCAGAUUUGUACGAGGCUUCCGUCCUCGAACUUCAGGCGGGCCUCGAUGCUGGCCACUUUACGAGUGUGGAUUUGGUCAAGGCGUAUUUCGCCCGGAUCGAGGAAGUGAACUUGAAGGGCCCUGCUCUUCGUGCCGUUAUCGAGGUGAACCCUUCUGCGUUGGCUCAAGCGGCUGCCUUGGACAAGGAACGAAAAAAAUCUGGAAAGAGAUCACUCAUGCACGGGAUCCCAAUAUUGCUGAAGGAUAACAUUGCGACUAUUGCGUCUGAAGGAAUGAACACAACCGCUGGAUCAUUUAGUCUUCUUGGCUCGGUGGUCCCGGAAGACGCAGGUGUCAUUAAGCGCCUUCGAAAAGCUGGAGCAGUUCUACUUGGAAAGGCCAACCUCUCCGAAUGGGCCCACUUCCGGGGACGCGUUGCCUCCGGAUGGUCAGGUCGCGGCGGGCAAGGUACGAAUGCGUAUUUCAAAAAUGCCGACCCGUGUGGAUCUUCAUCUGGUUCUGGCGUCGCGGCUUCCAUCGGUCUGGCAGCGGUUACGCUCGGCUCGGAGACGGAUGGGAGUAUAACGUGUCCGACGGGGAAUAACAAUUUGGCGGGUAUCAAGCCAACAGUCGGUCUCACUUCUCGAGCUGGAGUGAUUCCAAUCUCCGAGCACCAAGACACGAUAGGGCCCAUGACGCGUUCAAUGACUGACGCGGCGAUCGUCCUUUCUGUCAUCGCAGGCAAGGAUCCCAAUGACAACUACACCCUCGCACAACCGGACAUCCUUCCAGAUUAUAUCAAGGCUCUAAAGAAGAAUGCGCUUAAAGGAGCACGAAUCGGCGUCCCACGCACUGGAUUUACAAGCAAUAACUUCAUCAACGUCGCGUUCACCGAAGCUCUUGAGACGAUCAAGGGUUUGGGAGCGACCAUCGUCGACCCGGCGGACCUUCCUUCGGCACUGGAGAUCGCGAGGUCGGACAAUGAGACCGUUGUGUUGAACGUUGAUUUCAAGGUCCAACUAAACGCGUGGUUUGAAUCGCUCAUAUCAAACCCGUCGGGCGUGCGCUCUCUUGCGGACCUGAUAGCCUUUAACGACGCCAAUCCAACCCUCGAGAAACCGACCAAUUUCACUGAUCAGAGCCAACUCAUCCAAUCAGAGGCGACGACAGGGCGAAAUACUUCAUUUUUCCAGUCCCUGGCGUUCAACGUAGAACUUGGGGCGACACGGGGUAUCGACGCUGCCCUCAGGGAAAACAACCUCGACGCUCUCGUGCUUCCCGCAAGGGGACUUACGACUACGCCUGCAGCUAUAGCCGGGUACCCGAUCGUGACAGUUCCUCUCGGGUUCUUCCCCGACAACGUGGCCAUUGGGUCUGCGGGCCCUCUGACCGUCUAUCCCGCCCCUGGAGUGCCUUUCGGUCUCUCGUUUCUCGGGACGGCAUUCUCUGAGUUCGACUUGAUCGGAUACGCCUUUGCAUAUGAACAAAAGACCAAAACGCGGUUGGCGAGGAAAGCAAUUCCAGAGGCGAUACCAAAAACGCAGUUGAAAGAUAUUGUUGGGAAGGCGUAG